CAUUGUAAACAAACCGGGUGCGAGCAAAUCGCUUGCCAAACAGCCACCGUGUCCACAAUUGUUUCGUCGGAUAAUUUGUUACGCCCUGCUGGAGUGUAAUUUGAAUGGUGUUGCACUAGAAACGCUAGAAAGCUGUUGGAUGGCGCUGUUGCUACCACUGUCGCGGUCGUCGUCAUCUUCAGUGCGCAAAAUGAAAGCGAAAGAAUCGAACUACGAUCCCAACAUUCACCGCUUACCAUGGUACGGUGGCUGGGUGCUGCUUGCAUUGGUGGCCCUUUGCGGUACGGUCAGCUACUGGUCCUUCUUCUACCUGCCACCGGCCCUGACCGCAGCCGAUCUCGCCCAGCAACCGCUUGUGUUCAAUGGUGCGCGCGCCUGGGACACACUGACCCAUCUGGAUGCACUCGGCCCAAAGACGACCGGUUCACGAGCGAACGAAGUGCGUGCGGUAGAGGUGCUGGAACGGGAGUUUUCCCUCAUCAACGCGUCGCACCAUCCCGCCCAGCAGGUGCUGUACGAGAAGCAGAUCGUCUCCGGCCAGUACGGGAUCAAUUUCUUCGGCAGCCAGAUGACCAGCGUGUACCGCCGGGUGCAGAAUUUGAUCGUGAAGCUCGUCGGUGCGGAAGACCGGCAUGCACUGAUGCUGAACUGCCACUUCGACUCCGUGGCCAGCAGUCCGGGAGCGAGCGAUGACUGUGGUAGCUGCGCGGUGAUGCUGGAAAUUCUGCGCGUACUAUCGCGCGCCCCGGAACGGAUCCGCCACUCGAUCGUAUUUCUGUUUAACGGUGCGGAAGAAACGCCACUGCAAGCAUCGCACGGUUUCAUCACGGGGCACCGGUGGGCACGGGAGGUGCGUGCCUUUCUGAACCUUGAGUCGGCCGGGUCUGGUGGGAAGGAGCUGCUGUUCCAGAGCGGACCCCAGCACCCGUGGCUGAUCGAGGCGUACUCACGUGCCGUCCGGCAUCCGUUCGGGCAGGCGAUCGGCGAAGAGAUCUUCCAGUCCGGGCUCAUACCGUCCGACACGGACUUUCGCAUCUUCCGCGACUUUGGACACGUGCCGGGGCUAGACUUUGCGCACAUCUUUAACGGCUACCGGUACCACACACGGUACGAUUCGGUGCAGUUCCUUUCGCCGGCGGUUUUGCAGCGAACAGGCGACAACAUACUGUCGAUGGUGAGACUACUGGCGAACGGUAAUCAGCUAGCAAACCGGGACGACGGUCAGUCCGAAGGAAGCAUGGUGUUUUUUGACUUCCUGGGUCUGUUUUUCAUCUCGUACACGGCUAUCGAGGGGACGGUGCUGAACAUUGUGGUGUCAAUCGCUGGUCUUGUGGUUGGUUGCUGGAGCGUACUGGCCGUCGUCGGUUGGAGCAACUGGCGCUCGAUGGGACGAGAGAUGUUGCACGGGUUUGUGGCCACGUUGGUCGGUUCCGGUGCUGGCAUAGGGCUCAAUCUGGCUACGGCUUAUGGAAUGGAUCGUGCCGUAGAUCGUUCGAUGUCGUGGUACUCUUCCUGCUGGCUUGUAGUCGGAUUGUAUUGCGUGCCGGUGAUGAUGUUGCUGUUUAUCGCCCAUCGUGAGUUCCACAGGCUGUUUAGCAAGUCGAAGACUGUCCUUUCGCUGACUCUCACAGUACAGGCACGAAUUGUAGGAGUGUUCCUUUUCUGGGCGCUGCUUACAAUUGGUGCGACCGUGUAUGGACUCCGUUCAGCUUACGUUAUUGCCAUAAUGCUUACCCUAGCACUGUUCAGCAUGACGCUCACCGCACUGCUCAAGCUGCAAUCCUUCCCUGGCGGCUACUGGCUUAUCAUCUACCUGCUCGUGCACAGCGUAGCGCUACUCUGGACCACGCAGUUCUACCACAUCUUCACCAACAUCUUCAUCCCCAUCACCGGCCGAUCGGGAGCGAAUGACAAUCCGGAUUUGAUCAUCGGCAUCGUUGCUGCCGCUUGUACCAUCUUCACGACCAGCUUCCUCGUCCCGCUGGUGAACUUGCUGCGUAAGCCGUACCGUACCAUCGGCACGCUGUUUGUACUUUUUCUGGCAGCUCUGGCCCUGGGAACAGUAUCCUCAUUCGGAUUCCCUUACACCGGCCCCGGUUCCUCGCCGUCUGACGCUCCCAAGGUACAGCGCAUUCUUGUGCAGCAUACGGUACGUCAAUUUUACGAACCCAACAGCACGCAAACGGUUCGUUCGGCUGACGCUGGCUACCUGUUUCGGCUGUGGGAUCGACACAACGAGCGUACGGUGCGCGAUGUGCUCGAAAAGCAAUCACCAGGGAAGGGUGCCAGCGCACUGGAGCCAACAGAGCUGCCAGAAUGCAAGCGGGAAGUAUUUUGCGGUAUGCCCGGCUCAGCUAUACGUUUCACCUCACUUUGGUCACCGCAGUUGAACCGUCCCAACACUCCGGAUAUGGUGAAACUCUCACUGGAUCGAUGGGAGGUCGUUCGCCGCAAUGCAAACGGAUCUAGCGUAAAGCUUACGAUCAGUCUCAACGGAAGUUUUCAAUCAACCAUACUCGUGCGCCCGAGACGCAAUGUGCGGCUCACUGGCUGGAAUCUCACACCGGAAGUGCCGGUAAAGUUGGCAGCCGCCGGUCACAAAGCGUACUUUUUACUCAUCACCCAUGGUCUCGCCGGAGAGCCAGUACCAUUGAUACUGGAUCUGGAAACCGAUAGGCAGUCGGACACGGUAGAACCUUUGGUGGACAUCAGUGUUACAUCAAACUUCUGGGAGUACCAUGAGCACUUCACGGAGGAAUUCAGUCGAUUCGUGGCAUCGUUCCCAAGUUGGGCACACGUUGUACCUUCCGUGACCGUGGUGAAUGUUUACACUUUUUAAUACAUUUUUUAAAUAUAAUUUAAAUGGUUUUUACACAGCGGUACGCUGAUUUUGCUCAAGCAAACCGCAACUCUUUCUCAUCUCGGGGGCAGUGGGUUAAUUAAGUAACUAGUAGUACCGUCGACUGACACAUGACUGAAAUAAAAAAAAGGAACUGAGCACACUCAA